AUGUUCUCCCUCCUUUUCAUCCUAGCCCUGGUCUGCCUUUCUCAACAACAGCCGAGAAUUCCGGACGAUUCGAACCAAUCAUGCGAUGCACCAAUGGAUCGUGGCGAUUCGAACUGCAACAAUCCCAAUAAAGCUAUGAGAUGGUACUAUGAUAAGGAGCUAGACGAAUGUUUUGAAUAUCUUUAUGAAGGAUGUGGUGGUGGACGGAACACCUUUUAUACAAAGGACACAUGUCGUACAGCUUGUAUCCCAGCUGAUAAGGGAAGAUGUGGUGGAAAUAUGAAACCUACCGGCUCUUGCUCGGCGUUCGACAAGAACUGCCCGACGGGAAGCACUUGCGAAGUGGGACCAAUGGGUGGUGGUAUGUGUUGCGACGACAAAAAUGAAGAAUUAUGGAAACAAGAGAGAAAUCCCAAAUGUAAGUCCGGCAGCCUUUCGAUGCGAACUGUCUGGUGGGGAUCGGAGCCGCGAAUUGGCAGGAGUUGUUCCCACGAAUUUUGUCCGAACGGCUACAAAUGCGUGCAGUCGAAGCAUUUAGCGCACUGCUGUAGUUCUUAA